AUGGCUGCGAUCAUCUUGGCGGUAGUGUUAUGCAUAGUGACGGUGCCUGGGGGGUUGGGACAGACGUACCCCGCGGGUUGUGCGUACGACGCCACAGAUGCCUCGGUUGGUGUAUACAGUUGUGACUUUACCUCCAUUUCGACACCCUUAGCUUACAGUGGCUUUUCCAAUCCGUACCCACAGCGUCUCCGGAUAUACAAAGUUUCUGGCACCAUCAGUUCACCGUUGUUUUCUGGAUUUUCCAGCUUCACGGCCACAAAUUUUGACGGGAACUAUGUGGCUAGCCUAGAGAUUGAAUGUGUGUCGAACACUGACACCACAUUUCAAGCCGGUGUCUUUGCGGACAUGGGCUACCUGGAGGGCGUGACCAUCAAAAACUGUAAAAUCCUAUCCAUCCCAGCCAGCGCGUUCGCCGAAUUUGGUAGCCUUAACUACUUCCGGAUCGAGGGCGGGAGUAUAGCCGCACUGGAUGCUGGAUCCUUCACUGGUCUCAACGUCUCGAAGCUAUCCGUCCCUGACCCGUCCGGUGAUUUCACAAUAAAGAACUGUGCCACCCCUGGGACAUUCCCUGCUAACAUGCUGGAUCAUCUGACAUCAACCAAGAGGUUCGACUUCAACAACGCUGGUUUAACGGAAGUGACGACAACUACGUUCUCGCUAAACAAAGCUCUGACGUCAAUCGUCCUCUCAAACAACGCUAUCACCGCUCUUACGGAUAACGUGUUUGAGGGUCUAGAUGCUUUAUCGACCGUGGACAUGACGGGAUUGCAGUGGGACUGCACUUGUGAGGCAUUAUGGUUUCUGGAGAAGUUUAGCACGGCAGGCAUAGAGGUCGUGGGGGGUCCUAUCUGCAGUACACCUACCGAUUAUACAGACAAGAGAUCCACAAAUUACUAUAGCGCCUCGUGUACGACGACUGACAUAUGUAACGGCACUCCAGGUAUUGUGAUGGGGUCCUCCUGUAUGACCAUAUACCAGCUGGUCAGCUACAGUGUCUUGUUAGUAACCCUCGUGCUUUCGUGUGUGGCCCUAGGACUGGUGUGUAACACCCGAAAACAGCUUACCAACAACAAAAACAAGCUCAAGAACAAAAAGAACAGCUCGUGGAACAAGGUCCAGGAUGCCCUGAAACGAGGUGGCAACACCGGACAGAAACCGCCGGCCAAAACCAACGCGCCUAAGGGCAAAGGCUGGGUGUAA